AUAAAUUUUAUGCAAAUUUUUAAGAAUUCUAAAUUCUUCUUUGGAACACUAAAAGCUCAUACAUUACCAGCUCUUAAGUAUGGAUAUAAUGAUCUUGAACCAGUAUUGAGUGCAACACUACUUGAAUUUCAUCAUUCUAAACAUCAUUAAGCUUAUAUCAAUAAUCUUAAUGCUGCUUAAGAAUAAUUGGAAGAUGCUUUGACAAAGAAUGAUGUUUAGAGAAUUGCUAAUCUUUAAGGCAUCAUUAAAUUCAAUUUAGGAGGUCAUUUAAAUCACAGUUUGUUUUGGGAAAACUUGUAAGAAUAUUAAACUUAUAAUGAAGGACUCCAAUUAAAAAUGGUGGAGGACAAUUACCUGAUGCAAACAGUGCUCUAGUAUAAGAAAUCAAUAACAAUUGGGGAAGUGUUGAAAACUUCAAGACUUUCUUCAAUACUAGAACAGCUGCUAUUUAAGGAAGCGGAUGGGGAUUCUUAGGAGUUGAUUAAUAAUCAAAAAAGUUAAGAUAUUUGGAAUUACCCAAUCAAGAAAUUCCAUAAAACUAUGGUCUUACACCAAUCUUAAGUAAUAAUUUAAAAAUAGAUAUCAUUAGCUAUUGAUGUAUGGGAACAUGCAUAUUGGUGGGAUUACAAGAAUGUUAGACCAAAUUUCUUGACAAAUGUUUGGAAAAUCGUUAAUUGGAAAGAUGUAGAAACAAGAUAUAAUCAAGCUUUGAAAUGAAUUAUGCAUUAAAAAAAAUAUAUUUUUUAUAAUAA